AUGGCAUCACCCAUUUUAUCCCGUCGCCGACCGCGCAGCGAAGAUGACGAUGAUACUGAGUCCACUCUUCUCUCUCAAGCAUCAAGUCCCAAACGCCCCCGCCUAGACCCCGCCGAUAGCGAAGCUGAGGUGACUGGAGAAGAAGAUGACGAAGAUGAAAGCGGGGACGAUCAAAUUGAUGAGAGUGAAGACGAAGAAAAAAACUAUGAAGCCCAAAGCGACGCCGAAAGCACCGGAUCUGGUGCUUCAGAUGUGAUUGCCAACCCUCCGCAGGUUACACUCCACGCUGGCCUUGGCCCCGGUGGCUAUAAGCCGGGCGCGAUCGUACGCAUCAAGGUGAAGAAUUUCGUCACCUACACGUCAGCGGAGUUCUUCCCUGGCCCAAAGCUGAACAUGGUCAUUGGCCCUAAUGGAACAGGAAAAAGCACACUGGUUUGUGCUAUAUGUCUGGGCCUUGGAUGGGGACCACAGCACUUGGGACGCGCCAAAGACCUGGGCGAGUUUGUUAAACAUGGCAGCAAAGAGGCCAUCAUUGAGAUCGAACUCUGUGGGCCACCGAAGUGUCGCCGCAAUCCUGUCAUUCAACGAACGAUCAAACGAGAUGGAAACAAGAGCUCUUUCUUACUCGAUGGCCAGCCCGCUUCCAUGAAAGAGGUUUUGAAACUAGCUCAAUCUUUUGCCAUCCAAGUCGACAAUUUGUGCCAGUUUCUACCUCAAGACAAAGUGGCCGAGUUUGCUGCACUAUCCCCAGUUGAGCUUCUCCAUUCCACGCAGAGAGCAGCCGCUGGCCCGGAAAUGCUGGACUGGCACAAAGCGUUGAAAGACUUAAGGAGCCAGCAGAAGAAACUUGAGGUUGACAACAGUGGCGACAAAGACACUUUAACAAAUCUUGAAAAUCGCCAAGAAAUGCAAAGAGCGGAUGUCGAAAAAAUGCGCGAACGAGCUGAAAUCAAGCGAAAAAUCGAGCUUCUCGAGCUUUGUCGACCGAUAGUGGAGUACAGGGAACACUACGAGGCCGUGAAGGCUAUGAGGGAGACCAAAGUUGAACUCAACAAGGAAUACGAACAGAUUAAAGCAGAUAACGCCCCUAUCCUCCGUGCGGCAGAGGCCAAAGAAGAUUAUAUCGCGCAGUUGAACGGUGUCAAGGAUGACCGGAAGGAUGCUCUUGAUCACGCGUCUGCUGUCACAACCGAAUGCGGGAAAAAGAUCGAUGAUUUUGAUGUCAAAAUCAAAGAUCUAGACGGCCGAAUCGAGGCUGAGCGGAAGAGUAGUCAAAGUCAAAAGGCUGAAGCAACCAAGGCCCAGCAAACCAUCAAUAAACUUGAGCGCCAAUUGCAGGAAGAUGUGAGGUUUGAUCCGGAAUCCUUCAACGAGGCUCUGAGAGAAAAACGGCUGCAGAAGCGCGAGCUUGAAACCAAAGCCGGAGAGAUCAAAGAGAGACGUGAUCCCAUGGUUGCCGAGGGCCGAAGAUUGAUGACGAGCGUUCAAGAGGCCGAACUUCGGCUGAAAAACUUGGACUCAGCGGCCGGUCAGCAGGAAAACAAGCUCGAGAGGGCAUCUCCAGAUUCGUUCAAAGCAUACAAGUGGAUCCUUGAAAACCAAGACAAGUUUGAAAAAGAAGUGUAUGGUCCCCCGAUUGUGACGUGCUCAGUUACGGACUCCAAGUUUGCCGAUGCCGUCGAAUCUAUAUUCCAGAAGACCGACUUUGUCUCCUUUACCACCCAGACACCGGGGGAUUUCCGGACCUUGCAGAGGCAGCUUAACGGAGAGAUGAGGCUCCACGACAUCACCAUCAAGACCUGCUCGAUACCCCUGGAUAGAUUCACGGCCCCCAUGCCGAACGACCAGCUUCGGCGAUUAGGGGGAUUUGAUGGUUGGGCCAAGGACUUCCUUGCCGGGCCUGACCCCGUUAUCGCCAUGUUAUGCAGCGAGAAAAAUCUUCAUGCUCUUCCCAUUGGGCUCCGUGAUAAUACCGAUGAGGAGUUCAAUCGUCUAGAAAAUGGAACUUUGAGCUCUUGGGUUUCUGGAAAAAACUCUUUUCAAGUCGCUCGGCGUAGGGAGUAUGGACCCGAUGCGAAAUCAACUCGGGUUCGACAUGUCGAACAAGCGAAAGUGUGGACCUCACAACCCGUGGACCAGACUCUGAAACAUCAGCUUGAAGAGCAAAUUUCUGGCAUGAAGGCACAAUUUGAAGACCUGAAACAGCAAGUCAAAUCCGAAGAGAGCCGUGGGUUGAGGAUAAAGGAGGAUAUAGAUCAGAUACUUCGAGAUACGAAAGAAAUUGAGCAGGAGAAGGAGGUAAAACAGACCGCAUAUACUCAGUAUCGCGCAAUCCCAGAAAGAAUCUCCCAACAAAAAGCCAAGCUUGAUAACAUUACAUCCAUGUUUGAUGGUUUGCGAGAGAGAGUCCGUGAAUACCGCAAUGAGCAAGAUGAGAUUGCGAUCCAAAAAGCCGAGGCCGUUAUCCAAUACGCCGAGGCUAUCAAACUGUACCGCCAAGCGCACGAGGAGCUUGUCGAAAUUGAGAUUCAAUUUUUGGAGGCCACUUCAGACCUCCAAACUCUACGCGCUCGCAAUGUCGAUAGUACGAGAUUAAUGGAGGAGAAGAGGAUAGAGCUGCAGGACAUCAAUCGCAAGCUCAAAGAAACAACCGCCAAAGCCAAGGUGGCGUCGCAAAAGGCUACACAAGCCAGGAGACUGGUGGGCGAGCAUCCCGACGGGGAAGAGUUCGUCAAUGCACUUGUAGAACAUGAUAUCGACCGACUGGAAGCCGAGAUUAGUUCCGAACAGGCCCGCCUCGAGCUCACUCAUGGUGGCAGUAGCCACUUGAUCAAGGAGUUCGAAGACCGCGAAAGAACGAUUGAGAAGCUGCGCUCUAAGCUUACCGACUUCGAGGCUCAGGUCACGGAACUGAACACCGCAAUCGAGGACAUACGCAAGGAUUGGGAGCCUCGUUUGGAGGCCCUGAUCGAAAAGAUCAGUGAUGCUUUCUCGGAUUCCUUCCGACGCAUCGGGUGUGCUGGGCAAGUCACCUUGGGUAAAGCAGAAGACAUUGGGCCCAAUGAAUUUGCAGAUUGGUCGAUCGUGAUUCAUGUUGCCUUCCGCCAGAACAUACCACUGUCUGUGUUGAACGCGCAUCGCCAGUCCGGCGGAGAGCGAGCCGUGAGCACCAUCUUCUAUCUGAUGGCACUCCAAUCGCUGUCCGCCUCACCCUUCCGCGUGGUUGACGAGAUCAACCAGGGAAUGGACCCACGUAACGAGCGCAUGGUCCACGGACGUCUCGUGGACAUUGCCUGUGCCUCGAGCGAGCCGGAUGAAAUCGGCGGCGGCGGGGGUGGUCAGUACUUCCUCAUUACACCUAAGCUGCUGAACGGACUGGUUUACAAGCCGGGUAUGCGUGUGCUGUGUAUUUACAGUGGCGAGCACAUGCCUGAAGAUUAUGGCAAGAUUGACUUCAAAAAAGCGAUUCGGAACAUGGCCACGGUUGCAGCCGGCAGGAGGAACGGUCAAACCCAAGCCAUUCAACGCAGUGGUCGAGUGGAUGUUUACGCUUAA